ACUUCGCGAAUCAAUGUGAAGGGACGGGACGGGUCGCCCUUCCUUCCUUCCUUUCUUUUUCAAAUCCUACUAUGAUUGACUUUUUAUCUUCCUUUCCGGCCUUCCUCUCGCUCUCUUCAUCUCUCUCUCACCCUUGUGUCUUUCUUCUCUCGCGAGUCUUGAGUGCCUGCUGUGAGGGAAAGUGAGCGAGUCAGUGCGUCGGUUGCCUCUCUCCUGGCUUGCCCACCCCUCUGCCCAUAGUAGCUUGCUCUUCUUUAGACCCAAGUCUCUGAGGAUUCUCGACAUUCUCCCCAUUCACCCCCUCUCCCAGUCCGUCUCUCACUCCGCGCCGUCUCAAGUCGCCGCAGCACCAGCGGCAGCCAGCUCUCGAGAAUUCGUUGGUUUGUUGGACCAACGGAGGACUCCGCCGAGUUGUAGAAGCGUUCACGAGGUCAUACUCUAGCGAUCUGGAGGGGACAGAUUGGAAGGGAAGCCGCAUGAUGGCAGUGGCAAUGGAAGUUGGAUGGAGAGGACCCGAGCUUGGAAGCGCCUCGUAUUCUCAUAUGAAACUCAAAGCCCCGCCCGCUGCUACCACCUCGUCCUCUUCAUGGGGAGGUGCGGAUCCUCAGAAGGUCCUGCAGCUGAUGAUGGGCCACCGCCCCACGCUGGAUUUGUUUGGAAACGCAUCCUCGUCUCCAGCUGAAGUGGACGACGCGCAGCCCGACGAGUUCGUGGAACUGGACCCGGACCUUCCUCUACCGUCGGAAUGGGAGAAAUGUUUGGACCUCAAGUCAGGAAAGGUUUACUACGUCAAUCGUCACACCGGCGCCGAGACUUACAGCGAUCCCAGGAAGCAUGCCCCUCUCAUGCCCGACGUUCAAGCGUCGAUAUCCGCGGCCGCCUCCGUGUCGCCUCAAACUCGUGACUUUCUCGGGAGUAAGGAAUCGGAGAACGAGAAACUGGGAGAGUAUUCAGGAAGGUCUCCGCCGUCAUUUUCCGGUCGAGAAAUCGAGAGGGAGGAGCCUCUACCGCCGGCUUUGUUCGGUGGUGCACGCGAGCAGUGGGGGCACGGAUGGCUUGGUUCGGGCUCGGGCUCGGGCUCGGGCUCGGCCGCCCCGGCCGACAAGCGCGACGUCGGAGUUACAGAUAACGGACUGGAGCUGAAGCUGAAUCUUCAGGGAAAGACGCAACAAAACAGCGUCUGUACGCUGGAGAAGGUGGAGAUGGCCUUGAUGCGGUCGGAGAAAAUGCUCGGAAAGAGGGUAGCGUCGGCGAACCGCUCGUCUCCACCGCAAGGAGACCAGCAACUGCAACGGCUACGCAUCAAUCAGUCAGUCGCCCAGGUCUCGCCGUCGCCUUCGACUUCAUCGUCGUCCACAUCAACCUCGUCACGUCCCUCUCUGAUCAGCUAUCAACUCCUCGACAAGGAGAAUCAAAACAGUAACAAGCGGCCCGCGGCCUCGUCCACCGUAGACAGCGAAGGGGACAGCGCUAAGGAGACCGUUAUGCUCGGAGGCUGCAAGAACUGCCUCAUGUUCGUGAUGCUGUCCAAGUCCAAUCCCGUAUGUCCGCGCUGCGGGACGUCGGUGGCGAUGGACUUCUCGUCGCCUCCCGUCGCCAACAAGAGAUCCAAGUUCGACGGGGACCGCCGUGACUAGCGCUAGCUCUUUCCUCAUAUAUUUUUUCGCAGCACGACAGACAAUUCAUCUUCGAUCAAAAUUUUUCUUUCUUUCGUUCGAACAGAAGUUAGAGUGUCGAAUUAGAGUGACUCGGGUACACAUAGCUCUUCAGCAUUUACUGAAAUUCUUUGAGCAGACUGAAUUGUAAGGGAAUUCCUUACACAGCAGCGUAGUGAGGGAGUGAACGUUAGCUAGCACACCUCUUACCGAUUACCACAAAAUGUAUAUUCAUGCUUGUACAUCGCUAGCUGGCUACUGUUCGAGUAGAAGCAACGCCCCUGGUCUCGGGAAGGUCGGAAAUACUUUUGUAAUAUAGGUUCGUUUGUAAGUUACAUCACUUUUCAAAUGUCUUACAGCAUCAACAAUACUUUCAAGUCAUUUCAUCGUGCCCGC